GAGCAAGACACCGGAACAGACUUGAGUUGUUUCUGUUUGUAGCAUUUGGGCAACAUUUUCUUAUGACCUUACCUCCAUAACUUUACCUAAAAGCAGCUAAAAUGCGAAAGUUUAGCGUUAGCGUUACAGGAACAAUUCACCUAAUAUGUCGACGUUUAUACAUGUAAAGUUAGCAGCGCAUCUAGCUGUAAAGUGAUGAUUCAUAACAGAAGUUCAUGUUAGCAUCAUGCUCUAGUUAGCACACAACAGGGAGAGGAGGAGCUAGCUGUCUUAACUCUGUGGUAAUGUAAACAUUUGAUUACUAUUUUACAAGCAGAUUAAUGUUAUACUAUAUUUGUAGUUGUCGCUUUUAGUAUGUCUGCCCUCUACCGAAGCGUUGUGUUCAACCGUGUUUCCAAGUUAAACACAUGUUUGAUCCAAGUCAUGAGAUUUGGGUAUAAUGCGCCUCCUCCACAGUGGAAGACAGCCGAAAGCCUCCAGAGAGCUGGAAACACAACCAUACCACAGAAGACAAGUAACCUAAAAGCUAUUGCUAAUAUGUCAGGGAAGCUCAGUGUUUCUUGUUCAAGAUGUCUCUCUACUUCAACUGAGAUUGGAGCCUCUCGAGUGAAAAGAGUUUCCAUCGAGGGCAACAUUGCUGUUGGAAAGUCCACCUUUGCGAGACUCUUGCAGUCAGCCUGUCCUGACUGGAAGGUGGUGGCAGAACCUGUGAGCAAGUGGCAGAACAUUGAGAGUGGUACCUCGAAGGGGACAGACGCCACCCCCCAGACCACAGUCAGCAACCUGCUGCAGAUGAUGUACCAAGACCCUCAGCGCUGGUCGUACACUUUUCAGACAUUUUCCUGUAUGAGCCGGCUCAGGACGCAGCUGCAGCCUAUUCCUGCUCGCCUGCUCGGCUCAGAGGGAACACCGGUCCAGGUGUACGAGCGUUCUGUCUACAGCGACAGGUACAUCUUCGCCCUGAACAUGUUUGAAAUGGACUGUAUCAACUCUACAGAGUGGGCGGUCUAUCAGGACUGGCACUCCCUCCUGGUGGAACAGUUUGGACACAAGGUGGAGCUAGAGGGCAUCAUCUACCUCAGAGCCCCACCAACGAAAUGUUUGGAGCGCCUGCGCCUUCGAGGCAGGGUAGAGGAGAAAGGAGUGGAACUGGACUAUCUGGAAAAGCUGCACGUUCAACAUGAGAGGUGGCUGGUUGAAAAGAGCACAGAAACACAUUUCGAGAAGUUAAAACAGAUACCUGUGUUACAACUCGAUGCCAGUGUGGAGUUUAAGAGCAACCCAGUGGUGCAGGAGGAAUUUAUAACCAAGAUAAAGAACUUCUUCAGUGUGUUAUGAGAAGACGUCGUCUGCUGCAGUCGACAGUGGGGAACAGAUGAGAUCAGUCGGAACUCAGUCUUCAUUCAGACGGAUGAGCCCCUCAAAGACUGAAGAAAAUCUGAAGUUAUUUACAAGUUUUUCUUAUGAAUAAGCUGUUAGAUCACAGUACAUGAAACAUAUAGAAAUGCGUUACCUAUAAAUAGACCUCUCGUUGUUCUUUUUUAAAUAUUUAGUCUGCAUGUUUUUUCUAUUUGCACUGGGUAGUAUAAGAUUAUUUUACUGUACCGUUUAUAUUUAAGUAACUAAGACUGGGCUGUCUAUAAUUUGACCAUUUCAAACACUGUUUACUGAGCAUCCUACAUUAUGUUCUUUAUGUUACUGUUCAACACAUUCCUAACUGACAAGGAACACGCAAGCAAGACAAGUAUCCUAUUUAUUGUUGUUACAUAAAUAAACUGCUUUUUUUAA